AUGGACUUACACCGGGCAGCGUUCAAGAUGGAGAACUCACCCUACCUCCCCAACCCGCUGGCCUCCCCAGCACUGAUGGUUCUCGCCUCCACCGCUGAAGCCAGCCGUGAUGCUUCCAUUCCCUGCCAGCAGCCGAGGCCUUUUGGGGUCCCCGUGUCAGCAGAUAAGGACGUGCAUAUUCCCUUUACCAACGGCUCAUAUACUUUUGCCUCCAUGUAUCACCGGCAAGGCGGGGUGCCGGGAGCGUUUGCAAACCGUGACUUUCCUCCGUCCUUGCUUCACCUCCACCCCCAGUUUGCACCCCCCAACCUGGACUGCACCCCGAUCAGUAUGUUGAACCACAGUGGCGUUGGGGCUUUCCGUCCCUUUGCAUCUACUGAGGACCGGGAGAGCUACCAGUCAGCCUUUACACCGGCCAAGCGCCUGAAAAACUGCCAUGACACUGACUCACCCCAUCUGCGCUUCUCGGACGCUGAUGGGAAGGAGUACGAGUUUGGCACGCAGCUCCCCUCCAGCUCCCCUGGCUCCCUCAAAGUUGACGAUACGGGGAAGAAGAUCUUUGCUGUUUCUGGCCUCAUUUCUGACCGGGAGACCUCAUCCAGUCCCGAAGACCGAAGUGACAGAUGCAAAAAGAAAGCAACUUUGUUUGACAGCCAGGCUCCGAUCUGCCCCAUCUGCCAGGUCCUCCUUCGCCCCGGGGAGUUGCAGGAGCACAUGGAGCAGGAGCUGGAGAAGCUCACCCAGCUGAACAUCAGCAAGAGCUCCAUCCUGAAGGAUGCCAUGGCAGCGGGCACCCCCAAGUCAAUUUUGUUGUCGGCCUCAAUCAAGCGAGAAGGAGAUUCUCCAACAGCAUCACCCCACUCCUCAGAUGACAUCCAUCACUCGGACAGAUAUCAGGCUGCCACACUUGGGUCUGACUCAACACGCAUCCAAACCGUUUGGCUGCGAGCCUGCGCUCAGCCAUUGGAUUUAGGCAAGCUCAGAAAGGCAGCAGAUAAAACAGCGGUGCUCUUCAGCGUGCCUCUGCCCACCAUGUCCACAGCUCGGAUUGGAAAAAUGAAACGGAGGAAGCAAGACGAAGGGCAGAGAGAAGGUUCAUGCAUGACUGAGGAUGACUCUGUGGACAUCGAGAACGAGAACGGCAACCGCUUUGAAGAGUACGAAUGGUGCGGGCAGAAAAGGAUACGGGCUACUACUCUCCUGGAGGGAGGAUUUCGAGGUUCUGGGUUUAUCAUGUGCAGCGGCAAGGAGAAUCCAGACAGUGACGCUGACCUGGAUGUUGAUGGGGACGACACACUUGAAUACGGGAAACCACAGUACACAGAGGCGGACGUUAUCCCUUGCACUGGGGAAGAGCCAGGUGAAGCCAAAGAGAGGGAGGCACUCCGAGGUGCUGUCUUGAAUGGUGGCACACCCAGUACUCGAAUAACACCGGAGUUUUCUAAAUGGGCCAGCGAUGAAAUGCCCUCAACGAGUAAUGGUGAAAGCAGUAAACAGGAGACCAUGCAGAAGACCUGUAAGAACAGUGACAUUGAAAAAAUUACAGAAGACUCUGCAGUGACAACGUUUGAAGCAUUAAAGGCUCGUGUCCGUGAGUUAGAAAGGCAGCUUUCCCGUGGGGACCGCUAUAAAUGUCUCAUUUGCAUGGACUCCUACACAAUGCCCCUGACUUCCAUUCAGUGCUGGCACGUGCACUGUGAAGAAUGCUGGCUGCGGACUCUGGGUGCCAAGAAGCUCUGUCCCCAAUGCAACACCAUCACAUCUCCCGGAGACCUUCGGCGCAUCUACUUAUGAAGGACCCAGCGGGAGGGCGGGACCCAGCUACUCAGCUCAACUCAUCACACCAAGGGGGAGAAGAACGACAGCAACAAAAAAAAAAGACGUUUUAAAAAUGUAAAAAAAGAACCCAAACCAGAGACUCCAGACACGGACUCGAGGAUACAGGAGCAGUGGGGAGCCUUGGCUCCCAGGUCCCCCGUGUUGAGACCUCCUUCAGCAUCUGCAGCGGGCGAAACCAAACCCUUUGUUGUGAAGCCCCCUUUUUUAAAACCAGUAUUCCCCAUCCACCCGUUCCCUGGAGCUGGCUUGGCAUCGCGGAUGGCUAGUGAGCCCUCCUUUGGACUGUGUUGUUGACCACUCUGCCCCCAGGAGACUGGGGAAGGGACACUCGACAGAAAGAUGUUAAAUAACCUGUAACUUGUGUUCUUUGUUCAGUUUUUUUUGUUUUGUUUUUAUUUGUUUUGGUUUGGUUUUUGGUUUGGUUCUGUUUUGGUUUUUUGUGGUGUUCUAGUGAUAAAAAAAGGUUUAAA